AUGAGGGUUUUUGCCUUUAUAGUUUCUUCUCUUUUGUUUACUUCCCUUUGGCUCCCUACUUCAGCUGAACGAUGUGGAAUUCAAGUUGACGAACGAUGUGGAAUUCAAGCUGACGGUGUUUUGUGUUGCGGAUACCGAUGUUGUAGUAAAUGGGGCUGGUGUGGUACCACAAAAGAUUACUGCUGUGAUGGCUGCCAAAGCCGAUGUGAUCCUACUAAAUGUGAUCAUACUAUACGUCUCAGUGGACGUAGAGCCGGCAUUCUCCGGGGAGGUGGUGGAAAUAUGAGUGAGAUAUCUUCAGAAAAAGCAUUUGAUAAGAUGCUUAGUCAAAAGCCACAUGGGCUUUAUACUUAA